AUGGCGCCGUUGGGAGGGCGCGAGCGCGGCGUCGAGGGUGUCGUGGACGCGUGCUGCGGGCACGCGCUGCUCGGCUUGGGCCUGUGCGAACGCGGCGCGCGGACGUUGGCGAUCGAUAGGAGCGCGGCGGAGUGCGAGCGAGCGCUCGAGAACGUCGAUCGAGCGAGGAAGGUGGUGGGCGACGACGUCGCGUCGAGAGUGGAGAUUCGAUUGGGCGAUGGAUUGGGGGAGUGUCCGGAGGCGCGAGACGCGGACGUCGUCGUCGUCGCGGGCGUCGGCGCGAACACCAUGGCGAAAGUGCUCGAGAGCGGGGGAUUGGGAUUGUGUUCGAGUGCAGACGAAAGGUCCACAUCGCCGUCGACCGCUCGGCUGGUAUUGAAUCCGCCCGCGAAGGAUGGCGCGGCGACGCGCAGGUGGUUGGCGGAAAACGGUUGGACCAUUCGUGACGAGAAACUUGUCGUGGAGAACGAGAUCAUGCAUCUCGUCGUGAGCGCCGAAAGGGACGCCGAAAUUGACACGCCGUCCUCGAUGCCGUUGAGCGUUCGGGAUGAGAUCAUCGGACCAGUGCUUGGUGAGGGAACCGCAAGCGAGUCGCCACUCUUGAAGUUGUACGUCACGAAACGCUUGGAAUGGCUUCGAGAGGUCAGACGGCAGGCGAGUCUGAGUGCGCAGCGUUUGGCGAAAAAACAGGAAAAGAGUGAUUCAGAAUACCAAUCGGUCGAGGCUUUGAAGGAGAAAAUCGCGGGUUACGAUGAGAUGGAGAGCGUAUUGCUCGCCGCUAUCGGCGUCGAUGUUGAAGAGCAGAGGCGUAACGCGCACGCUCAUCUCGAGCAACAGAUUUUGAGGAGUUACGACGGAUUCGACUUAAAACCUGGCAUCUUAGCGUACAAGACUGUCGAUCCGGAAGAAUCCGACGGACGUUUGGCGUAUUGCCGUGAGUUUUUAAGCGAAAGCGAAGCGAGCGAGUUGAUGUCGUCUCUCGUGUCUUCUCCUCCCGUCGAUUGGGCACAGCGCUCCAUCGUGUGUUGGCAGCCUCAAGAGAACACGAAAAAGGAGGUUGUGCAACCAAGACUGGUGUCGUGGGCGGGAGAUAUUGCGUACAAGUACAGUGGGCAGACUCUCGAACCAGUGCCGGUGCCCGACGUGCUGCGACGACUCCAGACAAAAGUGGAGCAGGUCACUGGCGAACGAUUCAAUCAUAUUUUGCUCAAUCGCUAUCGUGAUGGAUCGGAUUCAAUGGCGCUUCACGCCGACGACGAGCCAGAGCUUGGUCGUAACGCGUGCAUCGCUGCGGUGAGCAUCGGCCACGUCAGGCGUUUUGACGUUCAGCUCAAGUCAAAAGCGAAGAAAAAGAUGUCCAUCUUUCUGGAAAAUGGCUCUCUCAUGGUCAUGGAUCGUUCAUUGCAGCAUUCACACUAUCAUGGCGUGCCGAAAGUCACGUGCGCUCAAGACGUCGAGGGUGAGCGCAUCAACAUCACGUUUCGCUUGCUCAAAGGUCCGCCCGGGUGGCGAGAAGAUUAG